CCGACGGACGAGCGCGACGAACGUGCUCCCGCGUUCCUUAGCUCUCCAACCUGCCAACUAACCUAACUACUCGUCUACUCUACGUUUCGGACACAACUACACUCUACCUCGCCGUAUCACCGCGGGUGGCCCUCUCCGCUUCACUUAUAAGGUGCUAACCGGAAACCGGAAGUAAGACAAGAUGGCGGCGUUCGUGGCCAAGCAAAUGGUGGGCAAUAAGCUCAGCGCAGUUAAAGGCGCAGUCGGUGGUGAUGGAGACGACAGUGAUGAUAAGGAAAAGGAAGAAGAAGCAGAACGCGAGAGACAGGAGGCGAUCCGCGAGGCAGAAGAGAGACGCAAAGAGAAACACCGCAAGAUGGAGGAGGAGAGAGAGAAGAUGAGGCAGGAGAUUAGGGAUAAGUACAAAAUCCCCAAGAAGGAGGAGGUGGUGGAACAACAGCAAGCCGAGCCUGACAACCCUCUGAUGAGGAAGAAGAAGACGCCCGAGGAACUGGCGGCCGAAGCGGAGCUGGAAGACCAGGACGAGUUCACCAAAUUGAAAAACACCAUCGAAACGCAAGUGAACGAACUGAAAUCCCAGAUCGAGAGCAAGUGUGUCAUGCAGUGAGAGCCCCCGAACUAAUUUACAUCCGAAUACAUGAUGUAGCUGUAAGAUCAUCAGUACCCAUCAAUUCAGGACACGACGCACCCGGAAUCAUCAUUCACGCUCAAAACAAGCCGAUGAUGUCACGACUGGCCAAAUAUUUGUAUCAUUGGACCGAAUGUUCGCAUCAAUUUCGUUAGACACUUGUUUUGGAGUAAAUUUGUGUUUUAAAACAGAAACGUUUAGAUCUCGGCGUAAUUUCAAAUUUGUGUCGAAUUUAACAUCGUUUUUGGAAUUUUGCGACGCCUUUACAGGGCAGAAAUCUAGGAAUUUUCAAGCUUUCUAAUCACGUUUGAAUUUGAGAGAAAUUUCUGUUGGCAGAAUCCAGAUUGAACAAAUACUUGGCCGAAGUGACUUCGUCGUUAAGUAGGAUACCCCGAUUCUAAAUUUUGUGGAAGGUAGAUGGCUAGGCGCGCCUUGGUGCUUGAUAAUGAGCAAUAAUAUUUUUAUACAUUCAUAAAUUGAGAGCAGCCCUAAACGUUUUAACGUGAGGUCAAAAAGUCAACGCCGCACUCGAACCCAUUUUAUAUGUUGAUGUGAUAUAUUGUUAUUUAAGUGUAAAGAGGAAUUAUAUAAAUACCGUGUUUAAAGGGGGAAGUAAUAUAAGGUUGGCACGCGUGUAUCUAUCUCUUACGCUACUAUCUCUUCGGCUGAUUAUACUUACAUUAAAAUAACAAUGUAUUGGAAUUUGUUUUCAUCCAAAUUCCGCGUAGUGUUUACCGCAAAUUUUCAAUCUUCCUACUCGACUUUUGCCUCUAAAUCUUUUGCAUGCGUGCUUAUGCCGGUGUAAUUAAUCGUGUCAGUGUAUUUUGUUUAGGUGUAUAUACCUGUAAUCGACCUAGCCUUAAAAACCACAUCGAAAAUAAAAUAGGUACAAUUGUUGAACCUGUCCAGUCUCUAUUCUUGGGCUGGCAUUAUCUUGCAUGUCUUUAUAUUAUAAGAUCAAUGUUGGUUUAGAUUAAUGUAAAGAAUUUAGACGUACACUUCGCGUUGUUUUACUGUUGCAGUAGCGUAGGGACGCCGUUGAUCUAAUGUUUUAUCUCAGAAACUUUUAGUCUAUGGAAAUGCACUGGAUAUUAAAUUUUGACAUUUUAUGAAAUUCGUCAGUGUUGGUGUUGAUGAUAAUUUAACUACUGAGUACAUUACAGGAAGAUCAGAAACGAUACAAGAAGGCAUAAAUGCAAUUUUUUUUAAAGGUGUCAUCUCCAUAGGAUAUAAGCUUCUUUGUUUAUCGGUGUUUAACGCUUAGGAAGUAAUUUACACACGUGAGAGUGAAUUUUUCGAGCGAUUGUCGUUACUUGGACGCGAUGGGACGGCUUACAAGCCUUGCAAAGUGGACUAACGUUGAAAUUCUCUAAACGUUUUCGAUCAACAUUAUUUUAUAAGAGUUUACCCUUCUUAGGUUAGGUUACGAUUUGAAAUCUAAAAUAUUUCCAAUCUUUUCAAGUAAUAUUUCUCUCCACGUUUGUCCAACUUGCCGGCUAAAGAUUGAAGGGGUAUUUGGGUACCUACGUCAUGGUUAUUGUACAGUACAAAAUGAUGUACUACAGUUUGAUCAGAGCGAGUUGUUCGAAAUAUUUCCUCCACUUAAGCUGCAAAUGCAAAAGAUUUGUCAUCGUCAAAAGCUGUGAUAUAUAAUAAUAACGCUGUACGCCGGAGCGAUCUCGAUUCGCUCCCAUCGUUAGCUUUUUGAACUUCAAAUUUGAUCUUCUAUCGUCUAUUCGUCGGAUCUCUCGCUCUUUCCUCUUCGUAGGCUCAAGCUCUCAAACACGAAUCAGCACAUCAUGUAUUUCUAACUACUCAUUCAUUGUUUUGAUCAAUAUCAUCGGUUUGAUGCAGCAUAUCGCUUGCUAACUAUAUAUUAUCAUUUACACCGGUAAUUAUUGUUGCGUUUACUUUAAUUGAUGUUGUCAAUUAUCCCUAUCCUCACAGAUCGUAUAUAACUUUUCAAUAUACACACAUAUGUAAAUACAAAUCAAUAAUUUCUGAUUGUUUACUGAGAUGCUAUUUUCUGAUAUAUAAGAUUCUAAAUAUUUUCUCGCACUGUACCGCACAUCGAUCUAUUUUCAUAGCUUCUUUCAAUAGUACCUUAUUUUGAGCACGCAUAGCUAUUAUAGUCUACUAUAUCUGUAUAUUUAAAUAUAUAUGAAAUGGAUUAUGUAAUAAAGCAGAGAUGGGCAUCGCUUUGUCAAAGCACAGGACCCGUCCGUUACCAUGAUCAGAAUUCACAAUCUUAAUAUUUUAAGGUAUAACUUUAAAUUUUCACAGUGUAUGUGUGGUUAGUCUAGGUUUAUCAUAUAUUACAAAAAUAGUUCUAUGUAUGUGCAUGGCAAUUCUAGCUAACGGUUGUUCGUAGUUGACUAAACAAUAAUAGGAUAAGACUCAUCCCCGUCGGUUGCAAUGAAUUUUGACACGACCAAGUACCGUAUCAUCAUCACACUUUCAUCUUUCUCCUUGUACUAGUUAUGUGUUAGCUACUUCUAUAUCGACGCUACCUAUAUCCCUUGUCUAACUUCUAUCUUGUCUAGCUAUAACCUUAGCCUGUCCUUCGUUGUUGACUCUACUUUACCUAGACAUAGAUUAGUAAAUUAUUUUGGUACGUAGUGAGGUCUAGUUACGAUUAAAUCAUUGGAUUAAAACCGCUAACUGUCACUAAAUUAAAAUGUACGUAACGUUGUUGAAAUUGUUUGCAUGAACAAAGUGUUAACUUUAAGCUCUUUGGAAGUGUUUUCAGUGUCGUUUUCUCAUUCGUCCGUUAUGUUUUGAGGUGCAAAUAGAAGCUUCAGUAAAGCUAUAAUGUCUAUGUAAGCUUUCGGUGUUCAGUGUAUAGUGAAUAUUUAAUUAGAUUAACGUUGCUUAACGUGACUCGUGAAGGAAUUUGGGUGAUACCAAAUGAUUGUAAGGUUAUUUUGAAUUGUAUAACUUCAGGUUCGGUCCGAUGUUUAGAACUGACGAUGAAGUUCGAAACAUUGAACUAUUCAGUGCUGUGUGGAAUGUUACUAAAUUUCCGAAUACCAAACCAUCUCUACAGGCUAACACGAUGAUCUCAAGCGAUAGGUUUCAAAUUCACCUUUAAAUAAAUACAUUAUGGUUACUAAUGCACACAACAUCUUCUGAUAUAUUUCUUUUUAAAAUAUAGUGAAUUUAUAAAGAGGUUUAUACAAGGUAGAUGUGUAGCUUAGACAUAAAAUGUACGUUAUUUAUGAGAAUUUCUUUUUUGGAAAAUCACCCGUAGAAUAAUUUUAAGGAAAUUAAAAAAAAAGUGAAUUGUGACCAAUUUUAGAUUUUUUCCUCGAACAAAAUCAGUUUGAUCUUAUGACUCUCAUACUCAGGGUAAAUAUAUAUAUACUUGCUGUGACUAUUAUUGUUGUCUAUUUAUAAUAUAUUCAGUUAGAUUAUUUAGGAUGAAUGUAUGACUUUUUGGCCUUCAAUGGCUUCACAUCUUCUAAAGUGAGAUAUUUCCCUUGAAUUUAUUCACGUUCCUCAACCCUCGAAAGUAGGAGGUUUUGAAUUUUCACUGUUAUUAUUCCUUAGAGGAGUUAGACUUUACAAUUUAAUACAUACCUUGUUAAACAAUUUAUUAUUAAUUAGCAUAUGAUAGUUGCACUAGGUUUUAAAGUUAGGGAAUGGUUUGUUUUAAAUAUAUACGACGUUUCUGAUAUUAAAUCUGCUGAUCAAAAAAUUUUCAAUCAAUUAUUAUUGUUCUUGAAUCUAAAGCAGUAGAUAUACUAUAUAAAAUGUCGUAUGUAUCUAAAAUUUGAAUUGAGGCUUUAAAUAAUUUGACAGUUCACAAAACAACACCGUUUAAACAUAUUAGGGACAAGCCAAACAGAAGAUCGCGAAUUAGGAAAAGACGAUUAGAGACAACGACACGUAUACACAAACAUAAGAGCUUCUAACACUCUAAACUCAGUAUUACUUUAACCAUCUUGGCAAAUAACAGUAAGACUAAUAAAGAACUGAUAAUAAGUGCCACGAACGACGUAAGCGCUUCGAAUUUUUUGAUAAGAGACUCAUUGUUAUUUGCAAAAGAUUUCAACUUUGAUUUUAAUGUGAUCUCUUGAGACCACGUAUGUGUUAUGGAAGUACAGACAAGAAAACAAGUCGACGCACCAGCCUACUGCCUGUUUCUGAAAUCUGCCAAUUUUUGUGAAAUAUUUCCGUUGCGUUACUUAUUUCCUUAUCUGUACUUAUUGUUUGUUCAAUUGUUUAUGGACACUUAGCGCGUCAGCUUUUAAUAUUAGUGACAUAUAGUGUUAAAAUUGCAAAUUUACUGAAAUUGGAGUAAAUAUUAAAAAAAAAAUGUGUAAGACGAAAUAAAUUUGAAAAUGAAAUUUGAAACCCAUUAACUCUUAUAUGAACGAGGUUCAUAUGUAUGUUGUAUUGUUAUUAUAAAGAAAGGUUAGUAGAUUUAUCCAAGAUUACAUUAACUUAGAAUUAUGAAUGAAAAACGAAAAAAAGAGGUUAUUGUUGAAAAUGUUUUUAGGUAUUUAAAUCGGAUUGAGCUUCUGUGAAACCUGUUGUUGAUGAUAUGUUAGGUUUCGUUCGCUAUUUCUGGCCGAAUGAUACUGCCAAACGAUGCACUUGGAUCAUUGUCAUCAUUAAACUUAUGCUUACUAAACUGACGUUUAAAUUCAAAAGAAUAAAACAUAAUAUCUUUAAAGACUAGGUACUCUAACCCGUAUUAACUUAAACAGUCUGACUGAAGCUUCAAAAUUCUUUGAAGUCAUAAAUAUCAGUAAACGCAAAGAUACGUCAAGUUUUUAACCUAUGAAGAAUAAAUUGUCUGUCUUACCUAUAGUGUCUAAUCCACUCAAAGGCCAGUUGCGAAAAGAUCAUGGUACAGAUUUAAGAAGCCAAUAAAAUAUAUUUGAACAGAAAAUCUCUCCUUAUUGAAGUCGGAUAAACAUCACCUUAAAGUGAAAAUGAGAUAUAUAAUAAACAUGCGCAAGAUUCAAUCAAAGAAAAUAAUCAAUUGCGUAAUCGUAUUGUUAAUACAGUACCAGAUACAAAGGAAAAUCACAACAAAGCAGAAUUUAAUGAUGACAAAUCAUCUAUAUAAAUCGUUAUUGAAAUAUAUUUGUUUAACAGCCUUCUCGUCACUUCGGUAGUAACUAUAGAUGCUUCUUUCGCUCGUUUAUCUAUUGUUGCGAAUUGUUACUUUACGAGUCCCUAUUAGUUAUAAAUUUUAGAGGUAGCCAUUGUCACAUGAGCAACGCUGUGAUUGUGAAAAUGGUGUAUCUACCAAGUUGUUAAAUAAUAAAUAAACUACAUUGUACCACC